UGAGUUUUAUAUUAAAUUCCGCGUUGCUAUUAAAAUAAUGUUUACUUUAUUUGUGUUCGCCGAGCAAUGCGCAAGCUUAUGGAGUAUAAUUUUUAUAAUAGAUGUUACAAUAUGCCAACUAACCCUUACCCCUUUUGGGCUUGAACAUCAUGAUAUAAUAGAACUGGCGGAGUUUGGUGACGCUCAACACAGGGGUGGUAGGUGGUACGCGUAUGAAGGAAAUACAUCCGGUGAGAGCGGAAGCGAUCUUAAGACUAGCAAUUCCGCUCAUAGAAGCAGCUCCGUAUCGUCUGGCUCCGAGAGCGUCUCUUCAAGUUUGUCUUCGGAGGCGUCGUCUAUUGAAACCAAAGAGGCCAGACGGGCAACAAAAACAUGGCGUCAGUGUACGCCAUGUCCUCACGAUAUGUUGAAGAAAUAUAUUAAUUUUGGUAUCAAAUGGAUCUGUGCAGCGUAUCAACGGGCGCGUCGAUCCUUCAAGAGCGAAUGUAUGAUGCGUUAUAGAAACUGUCAGGAUGGAACAAUGUUUGUGAAGAUAUCUGACAAGCGAUGCAAAAACAGUUCGUAUCAUGGCCGCCAUUGGUUUUACGUUUAUAGGGUUUAAUGUGAUAAUAAAAUGAAUUUCAUAUUGUA